GAAGAGGAAGAAGAGGAAGAAGAGAAACACGAAGAAGAGGAAGUUUGGGCAACCCUUGUUGCCGAUGACGGUUACGAAAUUUCCCAACCCUACCCAUACCAAAUCCGCAACAAGGAGACAGGCAAGGUUCUUACCCCAGUCCUCAACAACUUGGGACACUUGAACCUUAACCUUCGGAAUCGCGGUUCAAUCUCCAUGGGCAAGCUUGUCGCAAUUCAAUGGGUUCCAAAUCCAGACAAGAAGACGAAGGUCAGACACAUUGACGGUGACAAGCUCAACAACCGUAAGGAGAACCUCGAGUGGUUCUAA